CAUUGGGUAUGUCGCCAUAGCACAUGACGCGGCGCCAGGUCCAGCGGGAGUAUAAAAGGGAGUGUCAGAGUGUGCAUGGCAUCAGUCUCUCACUACCCUUCGUCCGAAGCCUCCCCACUCCCUCUCUCUCCUCGCCGCCACUCAAGAUGAAGGUCCUCGCCGCGCUGCUGUGCCUAGCCGUCGCCGCCUCCGCCAGGAUGGCCUACAGGUUCUCAGACGGCUACCUGGACAUCCUUGGCGCCGAGCCCGUCCAGAACUUUGACUGCACGGGCCGCAGCUACGGCUACUACGCCGACGUGGCCGCCUCCUGCCAGGUGUUCCACGUGUGCCUGCCUGUGAUGGACGAGGCUGGCCAGCUGCUGGAGACGGCUCACUUCUCCUUCUUCUGUGCCAACGAAACAGUAUUUGACCAGGAGUCCCUCACCUGCGCCCACCCUGACUACGCCUUCCCCUGCGCCGAGGCUGAGACUCUCUACGAGCUUACCAACGCUGAGUUCGGGCGCAUCCCUGAGGGAGGAUUCGUGCCUGAGGUCAACGUGCUGGCCAGAUCCAACACUGAAGUGGAAGUGGCCGCUGAGGAAACCCGCACCGCCUCUGUCGCGCCCGUGGAGACUCCUGUUGCUGAGCUCUCUGUGUCAGAGCCUGCUGAGGCAGCACUGAACGCCCCCACCAGUCUGACCGACACCGCUGAGGCAACAGUGAACAUCCCCGCCAGUGUGCCCGACACCGCUGAGGCAGCAGUUGACGCCCCGGUCGCUGCUCUCGAGGUGGCCGAGGCAUCAAUUAAUGUUCCCGACAAUGCGGCACUCUACUCUGGCGACGAGGAGGUCACCGAGGUCACCUCCAGCGACGAGCCAGGUGAGGUGACUGAGGACAACACUGUGCUAUAGAUGCCUCGCCGCGCCUCGACGCCCUCACAUCGACUCCCUGAUGCUCCGAAACGCUUCAAACGCUUCGCGUCAUCUGUGAUAUUUUUAUACUUUCGAAUUUUUACUGCAACUUGAAUGACAAUAAAAUAGAAUGCUUCUCA